AUAGAGUAAAUGAUAAGAUGAAUGUGACAGCUGACUAGUGUGUUCUGUAUUAGAAUAAGUGUAUGUAUUAUUACGUCAAACGAGAAAGAAGAGAGAAGUAUCACAUAAAUUUUAUUGGAGUUUGUUUAGAAGUACGUAGGCAUUAAAAUUCAAGCAUUCGAUCUGUGGCCCGUGUCAAUAUAAUUGCGUUCAAUUGGGAAUAAAUUGAACGUCAAAGAAAAUUGUUACGGUUGGGAUUUCGUCAACAAAACUUUGCAAAAUGUCUGAGAUUUUAGAUGAAGCAAUGUCAACGACAACAGGCGAUCAUGACAGUACAAGUGAAACGGUACUUCGUAAACGGAACCCAUGGAAUUCACUGGUUUCGGAUAGCAUCGAUCUUCUUGCUGAUGUCGAUGAAUUGGACGAUGAAGAGGAGGAGGAUGGUGUUGGAUGUCCUUUGCCAUCGACACCCGAGGAUAAUCAACUUUUGGAGGCUGAGAUGACCGAAGUACUUAAAGCGGGUGUUCUUUCAGAUGAAAUUGAUUUAGGAGCAUUGGCUCACAAUGCUGCCGAACAAGCCGAAGAAUUCGUCCGUAAAGUUUGGGAAGCAUCAUGGAAAGUUUGCCACUAUCGUCAUUUGCCGAAGUGGCUGCAAGACAAUAAUUUUUUGCAUCGAAACCACAGACCGCCCCUGCCAUCAUUUCGGGCCUGUUUUAAAUCGGUGUUCCGAAUCCACACUGAAACCGGCAAUAUAUGGACACAUUUGCUCGGAUGUGUGGCCUUCAUUGGCGUAGCUGCUUAUUUUCUAACCCGACCAUCCAUUGAAAUACAACUACAGGAAAAAAUUGUAUUUGGUGCCUUUUUUCUCGGUGCAAUUAUAUGUCUUGGAUGUUCAUUUGUUUUUCACACACUGUGCUGUCACUCGGAAACAGUUGGAAAAUUGUUUUCAAAACUUGACUACUGUGGCAUCGCAAUGCUUAUUAUGGGAUCAUUUGUACCGUGGCUGUACUAUGGUUUCUACUGUCAUUACGAGCAUAAAUUGGUUUAUUUGUCGGUUGUACUGGUGUUAGGAGCAAUGUCCAUCAUUGUGUCGCUUUACGAUAAGUUCUCCGAGCCCGCAUUAAGACCCGUUCGAGCUGGUGUAUUUGCAAGCUUUGGUCUAUCAGGUAUUAUUCCGGCUAUUCAUUAUGGAUUAAUGGAGGGUUGGUUCAAUAAAAUAAGUCAAGCUAGCCUCGGAUGGUUGAUUUUGAUGGGACUAUUAUACAUUCUUGGGGCUGUGUUCUAUGCAUUGCGCGUCCCAGAAAGAUGGUUUCCAGGCAAAUUCGAUUUAUGGUUUCAAUCCCACCAAAUUUUCCAUGUGCUAGUGAUUGCAGCCGCUUUCGUUCAUUACCAUGGAAUCAGCGAAAUGGCCAUGUACCGGGUUACCGUUGGCGAAUGUGAAAUUCCACAUUCAGCCAUCACAUUCUAGAGACAAAUAACCAGAUUACAUAGAAUGAGGCUAUUCUGCUGAUAAAACACAUAAUCAAUUUUACUAUGAUAAAAAAAAUCCUAUAAUAUUGUUAUAUUUAUUAAGAGAGAAGAAAAUACCACACAACUACCACAAUAGAUAUCAACCAUGAAUUGACGGAAUGAUUUGGGCUAGAUUUGGACGGGGAUGAUUUAAUUUUUGAUGGGGCACAAUCGGGGGAAUGAAACACUUUAGAUGUAAAUAUUCAAUGAAAGUACAUUUUUUGAAGUAGACUCUCUCAUGUGAUGGAUGAAUGUGCACCGAAUCAAUAGUAAUUUUUUUCCUGAAAAAAAAUGUUGAAUUAUGCAACAAUCAAUUUCAAGUACCAGACUGUGGAGCAAAAUCACUGCAAUAACUACACAUUUUUCACUCACAUGCUUGUAAUUGUACCAAAUAUACAUUCAAAAACAA